ACGGCGCAAGCGCAUUGGAGCCGCCGAGCCAAACUGCAGCCAUGGAGCAGGCACCUCGGGAUCCCGAGCGGCAAUUGCAGCCAGCGCCCCUAGAGCCGCUGGGCCACCCCGAUGCGGGGCUUCAGUCUGCGGUCGGUGAGGAAGCGGAGGUGGCCCGAGACGAGAGCCCCGGGGAAGGCACGAUGACUGAAAAUAAUUUUUGGUUGAAGAAGAUAGAAAUUAGUGUUUCAGAAGCAGAAAAGCGAACUGGAAGAAAUGCCAUGAACAUGCAAGAAACAUAUACUGCUUACCUCAUUGAAACAAGGUCAGUUGAACAUACUGAUGGUCAAAGUGUCCUAACAGACUCACUGUGGAGGCGGUAUAGUGAAUUUGAAUUGUUGAGAAACUACCUUUUAGUUUACUAUCCCCAUAUUGUUGUGCCACCUCUACCAGAAAAAAGGGCAGAAUUCGUUUGGCAUAAACUCUCCGCUGACAACAUGGACCCUGAUUUUGUGGAAAGACGACGGAUUGGCUUGGAAAACUUUCUCUUGAGAGUUGCCUCGCAUCCCAUCCUUUGUAGAGACAAAAUCUUCUAUUUGUUUUUAACACAGGAAGGUAACUGGAAGGAGACCGUGAAUGAAACUGGGUUUCAACUGAAGGCAGACUCCAGGUUAAAAGCGCUUAAUGCAACAUUCAGAGUGAAAAACCCAGACAAGAGAUUUACAGAACUAAAACACUACAGUGAUGAACUACAGUCUGUCAUCUCACAUCUUCUUCGAGUUAGAGCUAGAGUAGCAGAUCGACUGUAUGGUGUAUAUAAAGUACAUGGGAAUUAUGGGCGAGUUUUCAGUGAGUGGAGUGCCAUAGAGAAAGAAAUGGGGGAUGGACUGCAGAGUGCUGGUCACCAUAUGGAUGUGUAUGCAUCUUCUAUUGAUGAUAUUUUAGAAGAUGAAGAACAUUAUGCAGAUCAGUUAAAGGAGUAUCUGUUUUAUGCAGAAGCAUUGCGGGCUGUAUGCAGGAAACAUGAACUUAUGCAGUAUGACUUGGAGAUGGCUGCUCAGGACCUAGCAUCCAAAAAGCAGCAAUGUGAGGAACUGGCAACUGGGACCGUGAGAACGUUUUCUUUGAAGGGAAUGACUACCAAGCUCUUUGGUCAAGAAACUCCAGAGCAGAGAGAAGCCAGAGUAAAGGUGCUAGAAGAACAAAUAAAUGAAGGAGAACAACAGUUAAAGUCUAAAAAUCUGGAAGGCAGAGAAUUUGUGAAAAAUGCUUGGGCUGAUAUCGAACGCUUCAAAGAACAAAAGAACCAUGAUUUAAAGGAGGCCCUCAUAAGCUAUGCAGUCAUGCAGAUCAGUAUGUGCAAAAAGGGAAUUCAAGUUUGGACCAAUGCUAAGGAAUGCUUUAGCAAGAUGUAAUCUUGUGAAAUGAAUUUCUCUUCAAUCAAAGUGCCCCAGAACAGAAGCACAAGUAAAUAAAAAAAAACCUUAAGUUGCUACCCAGUAUACACAAAAAUAUAUAUAAGUUGAGUCAAUUCAACUUUCUUUAAUUUGAUUGUAGUUGUGUUUAUACAGCACAAAAAGGAUGUAUUUUAAUGAAUCUUAAAUAUUAUAAUUUGAGGUUUGGGGGACUGGUGCUGAUUCCAAAAAGUUAAUUUGAUAAUAUAUACCAAUAGAUCGUUUGUCAGGCUUCUGAACCAAUGACUGAAUGUUAAAAUGUUAGGUAAUUUGUUUGUUUCAUUGCCAGUUGUUUCCAGCCUGUUUAUGUAGGGAGUUUUUUCCUAAUAAUAAAUUCUUAUCUUUACUUGGUAAGACCCACUAAUCUGUUAUAGGGGGUUAUUUUUUCUUGCCUUAUAUUGAGCUAUUUGGUUUGACAAAGCUCAGCAAAAACUGAGUGUGAAAUUUUAAGAUUUUCUUCCACAUUCAUUGAUGCCCCCCUAUAAUAUUUGCAUACACUAGAAAAUGCCUUCAAUUUGUGUUUUGCCACAAUUUUGAUACUGGUCAGAAAUUUUAUACUGCCAAAAAAGAAGAUUCAACUUCUUCGAUAUAUAGUGAAACACAUUGUUAUGAUCCAGGAAUUGCUAUAUAGAAAGUUUGAAUUGAAUAUGUUACAUAUAAGCACUAAAUUCUUCUCUGAUAAUUCUUAACCUCAGUGAUGAGCCUAAAUUUACUCUGCUUGGCUCUCUACACAUGGCAUUUCAGGGUACAAGAUGUAGCAUUUCAAUGUAUGAGAUAUAUGUAGUGAACAUAUGUGUUAGUAUCUUCAUUAUUAACAUCCUUCUUUUCUAUUGCUUGGCUGUAAUUUUUGUAAAGAUAAAUUAUAUUGUUUCUGUGCGUGUGUGUGUGUUUAUGUGUUCGUGGUAUAUGUUCAGAAGCCAAGCACCCUUAUUUUGCUAGCUUUGCAGUAUUUUAAAUGUGUUCUCAUUAUUACUAAUUAUGUGAAAAAAAUCCCCAGUACUGUUCAGCAUUUGACUUUUUUACAUGUUUAAAAUGUUGCUGGAUUUUUGUGCUGUUUGCCAAACUUAUACAAUAAAUAAAUGAAGUAUUGUGCUGAUUUUCA